GCGCAGUUCCCGCUGACUGUGCGCGCCCGGGUCUGGUCUCAUUUGCAGAGGACUUCCGCGCCCGCGCUUCCCUUGUUCAAGUCCCCCAGCGGCGGCGGGGUCGGAGCUGGCGCCCUGGGAGACAGAGGCGGCCGCAGUCCGCGCCCUGGCGCCCUGGCGAUGCCGGACCAGAUCUCCGUGUCGGAAUUCCUGGCCGAGACCCUUGAGGACUACAAGGGGCCCACGGCCUCUAGCUUUACCACGCGCACGGCCCAGUGCCGGGACACCGUGGCGGCCAUCGAGGAGGAUGCAGUGACUUAUGAUGAUGUUCACGUGAACUUCACUGGGGAAGAGUGGAAUUUGCUGGAUCCUUCCCAGAAGAGUCUCUACAAAGAUGUGAUGCUGGAGACCUACUGGAACCUCACUGUUAUAGGCUACACUUGGGAAAACCAUCAUAUUGAAAGACAUUGUCAAAGUUCAAGAAGAAAUGAAAGGUAUGUAAGUAAUCAUAGUGGAGAGAAACUCUAUGAAUGUAAUGAACGUUCUAAAGCCUUUUCAUGUCCCAGUCAUCUCCAAAGUAAUAUAAGAAGACAAAUUGGAGAGAAAACACAUGAACAUAACCAAUGUGGUAAAGCCUUUCCAACACCCAGUCAUCUUCAAUAUCAUAAAAGAACCCAUACUGGAGAGAAACCUUAUGAAUGUCAUCAAUGUGGUAAAGCUUUUACAAGUCACAGUGGUCUCCAAUAUCAUAAAAGAACACAUACUGGAGAGAAACCCUAUGAAUGUAAUCAAUGUGGUAAAGCCUUUGCACAACUCAGUAUUCUCCAACGUCAUAAAAGAACACAUACUGGAGAGAAACCCUAUGAAUGUAAUCAAUGUGGUAAAACCUUUGCACGUCACACUGAUCUCCAGUUUCAUAAAAGAACACAUACUGGAGAGAAACCCUAUGAAUGUAAUCAAUGUGGUAAAGCCUUUGCACGUCACGGUCAUCUCCAAUGUCAUAAAAGAACACAUACUGGAGAGAAACCCUAUGAAUGUAAUCACUGUGGUAAAGCCUUUUCACAAUACAGUUAUCUCCAAUAUCAUAAAAGAACACAUACUGGAGAGAAACUCUAUGAAUGUAAUCAAUGUGGUAAAGCCUUCCCAACACCCAGUUAUCUCCAAUAUCAUAAAAGAACACAUACUGGAGAGAAACCCUAUGAAUGUAAUCAAUGUGGUAAAGCCUUUGCACAACUCAGUAGUCUCCAAUAUCAUAAAAGAACACAUACUGGAGAGAAACCCUAUGAAUGUAAUCAAUGUGGUAAAACCUUUGCACGUCACAGUGAUCUCCAAUGUCAUAAAAGAACACAUACUGGAGAGAAACCCUAUGAAUGUAAUCAAUGUGGUAAAGCCUUUUCACAAUACAGUCAUCUCCACUGUCAUAAAAGAACACAUACUGGAGAGAAACCCUAUGAAUGUAUUCAAUGUGGUAAAGCCUUUACAAGUCACAAUGGUCUCCAAUAUCAUAAAAGAAAACAUACUGGAGAGAAACCCUAUGAAUGUAAUCAAUGUGGUAAAGCCUUUACAAGUCACAAUGGUCUCCAAUAUCAUAAAAGAAAACAUACUGGAGAGAAACCCUAUUAAUGUAAUCAAUGUGGUAAAGCCUUUUCACAACACAGUCAUCUCCACUGUCAUAAAAGAACUCAUACUGGAGAGAAACUCUAUGAAUGUAAUCAAUGUGGUAAAGCCUUUGCAUAACCCAGUUAUCUCCAAUGUCAUAAGAGAACACAUACUGGAGAGAAACCCUAAGAAUGUAAUUGGCAAAGCCUUUGCACGUCACAGUCAUCUCCAAUGUCAGAAAACUAAACGUACUGGAGAGAAGCCCUAUGAAUGUUAUCAAUGUGGUAAAGCCUUUACAGGUCACAGUCAUUUCCAAUAUCAUAAAAGAACACAUACUUUCCUGAUAUAGCUGUCUCUUGUGAGGCUAUUCCAAUACCUGGCAAACACAGAAGUGGAUGCUCAAAGUCAUCUAUUGGAUGGAACACAGGGCCAUCAUUGGAGGAGCUAGAGAAAGUCCCCAAGGAGCUGAAGGGGUCUACAUCCCUGUAGGCAGAACAACAAUAUAAACUAACCAAUACCCCCAGAGCUCAUGUCUCUAGCUGUAUAUGUAGCAGAAGAUGGCCUAGUCUGCCAUCAUUGGGAAGAGAGGCCCCUUGGUCUUGCAAACUUUUUAAGCCCCAGUACAGGGGAAUGCCAGGGCCCAGAAGUGGGAGUGGGUGGGUAGGGGAGCAGUGUUGGGGGAGUGUAUAGGGGGACUUUCAGGAUAGCUUUUUAAAUGUAAAUGAAGAAAAUAUCUAAUAAAAGAUUGAAAUGUAAAAAAAAAACAUACUGGAGAGAAGCUCUAUGAAUGUAAUCAAUGUGGUAAAGCCUUUGCAGGUCACAGUUGUCUCCAGUAUCAUAAAAGAACCCAUAAUGGAGAGAAACCUUAGAAAUGUAAUCAAUGUGAUAAAGCCCUUUCUCAAAGUUAUUGUCUCUAUAAUCAAUGUGGUAAAGACUUUUUACAACUUUAUAGUCUCCAUUAUUUUGAAAGAACACAUAGAAGACAGAAACCUUAGGAAGGUAAUCGGUGUUGUAAAGCAUUUGAUGUCACGGUCAUCUACGAUGACAUAAAAGAUCACAUACAAGUGAGAACCCAUGUCAAUGUUAUGAAUGUAGUAAAGCCUUUGCAUGUCAUAGUUCUUUAGGCAUACACAAGACAAACCGCCAGGUGGAGAAACACCAAUUUAAACGUUUGCUUUUCUGAGAGUUGGUUUGGUCAUGAGAUCUGUUCCUAGCCAUUGAAAGGCUGAGGGAGAAACCCUCUGAGUGUAUUUAAUAUGGUAUAGCCUUUGCACAAUUUUGUAGUCAUCUUUAUCAUGGAAGAAUUUUAACUGGGUAGAAACAUUGUGAAUCUAUUUAGUAUGGUGAAGCUUUUUCACUGAACGUCUUUUUAUGUAUAUUCUUUUUAUGUGACUAUUCGUACUGGUGACAGAUGCUAUGAAUGUCAGCAGUGUGGUAAAGCCUUUGCAUUGUUGAGUCCAGUCAGGUUCAAUACAACUCACACUCCACGACAAUGCAAAGGAUAAGAAUUUAUUGGGCUGGGUGGUGGUGGUACACUCAUUUUAUCCUAGCACUCGGGAGGCAGGUGCAGGCAGAUUGCUGAGUUCGAAGCCUGACUAGUCUCGGGUGCAUUCCAG